AUUCGGUAAAAAUAGCACAGGGUUUAAUUAAUAUAAAACACGGAAUAUACUUCCUGGUUGCCGCCGGUCUGUGGAAACUUGAUGUUUUGAGGUAAAUUCUGUUGGAACACAACCUUAGAGGAACAGGUCGUUAACCACAGACACCUAUUACAUGCCCAGAGGGGAGUCAUCAACCAUCAACAUGUUCACUGCAGCCUGUCAGCAGUUUGUGAAAUCGAUAGGAAAGACAACUCUGCAUGCCACUCCUAGCCUCGAUGAAAAAGACAACGUCAAGAUGUUUCAAGUUGUACUAAAAUCUAAACGCCGAAGGUUCAUUUUUUGGGAGAAAUCUGUUUUCCGUCCUUCAGAGUUUCAGUUGACAGAUAUGAUGGUGGAUAGAAAGCCUUUGAAUGUCAAGAUGACAACUACUGACCUCGUUCAAGAAUUCAACCGCACUUCUAAACUGUCCCUUAAAGGGAAAAUUGGAGCAGAAAUAUGCAAAGAAAUCAUCGAUGUGGAACUUGAUGCCAAUGACACCAUCACUCUGGAUAUCAAAUUUGGUAGCGUGAAGAAGCAAGAACUGGGGGAACAAGACAUGAUUGAUGAACUAAGCGAUAGGCAUAUAAACAUGGAACAUCCCUAUGUGAGGCAGAUACGAAAGGACAAGAGGAACUCUCUAUGUCUGAUAUCAGGCGUGGCACUUUUACCUGAUGGUGGAACAAUUCACAGAGUCACAGAUGAAGAUUUGGAGGCAAUUGCCAAAGCAGCUCCUCUGAAAGCCAAUGGUAGUGCAGGUGUUGAGUAUGUUAAGGAUCGUGACAUUCGUCUGGCCAAAGACACUGCAGUGGCAUAUAACGUUCAGGAGCUCGACAUAGACACAAACACUGGGGCUAUUCAACUGGUGCUUACUGGAGGCAAGACUGGUGGAGGGUUCCGUGCAUGUGUGGGCUAUGAUGAAGUAGACGCAGGGACUGGGGACGUAUCAGUGGAUUUUCAGCUGGAUCAUGCACGUGAGGUGUUUGCCUAUUUUCUUGACCUUGACCCCAAAACUAGGUCAGAGGUCAAUAAGAAUCUCCUAAAGCUAAUGGAAUAUCCCCGUGAUGUGGAUGUAAUUGCAGACUUGCUGAACAACAUUGAAGCAGGACAGGAGGUGAAUAACUCUGUCAGCGACCUUGCCAAGAGAGUUGUCUCCCCUCGUGAAGUGUGGCAGUAUGUCCUGGAACAGGCUGGAUUCAGUGUCGAUGAUGACAGUCUGGUUAUCCCUAAGUCCAAAGAGAGGGUUUCUAUGUUUGGAGAGUUCUUCGAUGCAGCCACAGUAGUGGAGGAAUCCCUAUUGAAGCUCCUCACAUCCCUGUCUGCCUCGAAUGCUGAGAACAUGCUACUAGUGCUGAAGUCUGGCAUACAAAGAGCACCUGUUACUGUCAAGAACAUAGUGGCUGAGGUUCUCAGUGACAAGACAAGUCACAAGAUGCUGGAACACCUGAAAUAUCACCUGGACGAGCUUGGAGUUAUCGCACCCCCAGCGGAGAUGCCGUUCUGCAUUGAUGCCUUGUACUGGAUAGUGUUUGCGCUAUACGGGAAAUAGAGAUACUCCAUUGACCAUUGGGUUUGGAAUUUGAUCCACAUUAGCCAUUCUGCAUUGAUGUCUUGUAUUGGAUAGUGUUUGCACUACUCGGGAAAUAGUAACUUGCCAUUGAACAAUUGAAAUUGGAACUUGAUCCACAUUUGUUUAUUUUGUCUGUAAAGGGCGUAGUGUUUGCUGUUUUUUGAUUUUUCCUGUUUUUGGACAAGGAGAUAAUGAUAUUACUUGUUUUGAUAUUUUAAUGAUAUGGCUGUGAAAGAUAUAAUAGUAUUGUGGAAAAUGAAAUGUCAGUGUUUAUAAUUUGCAUGGUAUGUUAAUAAUGCUGUGUAUUUAAGCUGGCAAAUGUUCAAGGAAAACUAUCCUAAGAAGCAAAAUGAACUUUUUCUGACAUAACAUCUACUUGUUAAUGGAGGAGUAUCAUUCAUGUUCUUAAAUAUGCAUAAUUAAUUGUAAAAGAAAGUGUAUUUUGAUAUGAUAUGAUUAAUUUAUGUUCAUUUGUAUCAAUUAUUGAGGGUCAGAUAUCAAUGUUUAUUUUCCAAACUGAUACCAAAAUACUCUUACAUUUUUUUCAAUUGUAUUAUUUUACUAACUAAUUAAUAGUUUUCCUGAAAGUUCAAUCAAUCAUACCCACAGUACCACUCAAACAAAAUGAACAUUUCUCGUGUCAUUGCCCAAAUUAUAUGUUUUCAUUCAUAUGUAAUAUGUAGCCUUUCUUGAAACAAAGAAGUUGCUACCGACAAAUGCCAUAUAGUUUCAUAAUUGUGUUCACAGUAUGUUUAAAUGUAUUACACAUGUUGUCAUUUUAUGAACAUAUUUUUUAAACCAGGUUAACUCUGUCAUGACAUUGAUGCACUAAGAGUUUAAGUUUCUUGUAUUAGUUAAAUUAUCGCUAUUUGCAUCUUCUGUUUGUAUUAAUUAAAUUACCUAUUUCUUUAUGUGUAUAGUUUGUUCAAUGUUAGUAUCACUUUUAUGACUGAUGAACAGUGUUUUUUUAGUGUUUCAAUGUUUCAAGUGUUUCAUUUGAUAGUUAUUUUUAAAUUUGAAUUUAGACUGGCGCAUAUUCAGUUGUCUUUGUCCAUAUAUAGAAAAUCUUUUGGGUCCUGUAAUAUUCCAUUUGUAUUGAUUUUAAUAUGUGAAUUUGUCUUCAUUUAACGAACAAAACAGAUGAACAAAACAUUAACCAAAAUAGUCUCACUGAUAUGCAUUUGUUUCUUGCCAUAUGUAAAGGACUGCACUGAACUAUAAGCUUUCUCUCGUCCUGUAGCAACUGAAGUGUGACUUCAGUUUUAUGUGUUCUACGCCUUUCUUUUGUGGUGGAUUGUUAGGCACACAGUUGUAUUAAUUAAGACAAGUCCUACACAAAGAAAAAAUAUUGAAUAUGUCUAUUCUAUUUUCUUAUCUCUGUAUUUACAAGUGUAAUGCAGUUUGAAAUGAGCACGUUUGACUGUAUCUAUUGUAAAAAUGAUGUUACAGUUUAGUUUAACUUUUGAUGUCUUGCUUUGUAUCGUUACAUUUAGUGUACUAUUGUAAUCACAGCUCGCAUUGUUGUAUUUUGUUUUUAAUUUUAUUUUAUGUACAUUUGAAACUGUAUGUUUUAAUAAUAUUUCAUUGUACCAUUGAAACCUUUAUAUUUCACUUACACCUCUUUCAUAGUGCCAUAUAGUCCUAUUUACUAUCGUAUGCCUCAAUCAAAACCUACUUAUUGUCCCCUACCGGUUUCACCGGAGGGGACUUAUGGUUUGCGCUCCGUCUGUCAGUCCGUCCGUCAGUCCGUCACACUUUUCUGGAUCCUGCGAUAACUUUCAAAAUUAAUAUCUGUUCAUGAAACUUUAAACAUGGAUAGAUGGCAAUAUGAACAUUAUGAACGUCAUUUUAUUUUGUUUCUACGUCAAAAAUUAUGGUUGCUAUGGCAACAAAUAGACUAGAAAUACUGCUGAAAAUGGUGGUUUUCUGGAUCAUGCGAUAACUUUAAAAGUUCUGAAUAUUUUUUCAUGAAACUUGGAACAUGGAUAGAUGACAAUAUGGACAUUAUGCACGUCAUUUCAUUUUGUUCCUACGUCAAAAUUUGUGGUUGCUAUGGCAACCAAAAAAAAAUAAUCUGAAAAUGGUGGAAUUUCUGACAAUGGUGGAGCCGCUAGGGGACCAUAUUGCUUGACAAUAGCCUUAUUUUGACUUAAACUGACGACAACAUGCUCAGUUGUAAGAAUCUCAUAAUUUAAUUUGUUUGAUGUAAGAUGAUAAGGGCAUACUGCGUCCUGUAUGGGGUCAUAAUUUUAGGGAUCUUUAUAUCAGUUAGAUUUUACGCUCUCUGUCGUUCUUCUAGUCACUGCUUAUAAAUUUUAAUAAAAUUCGAUGACACAUAAUUAUAAUAGUAAGUACAUUAAUUACUUUUAUAACGCUUUUAAUCCUUUAAUUGCAAGGUAAUUCAGACGUAGUGACAAAUAGGUAUAUAUUCUUUCUCUGCUGAUGUUAAUUAGUGCAUCAAAUGAUUUUUAGGUCCCCCCAGCUCUUAUGUCCCCCAGUCUAUACUGCGGGACAUAUUGCUUUUGCCUUCUCUGUUGGUUUGUUUGCGUCAAACUUUAACAUUGGCCAUAACUUUUGCAAUAUUGAAAAUAGAAACUUGAUAUUUGGCAUGCAUGUGUAUGUCAUGGAGCUGCACAUUUUGAGUGGUGAAAGGUCAAGGUCAUCCUUUAAGGUCAAAGGUCAAAUAUAUGGGGGACAUAGUGUAUCACAAACACAUCUUGUUUUAAAUGUAUUUUAAUGAUGAGAUUACAUAACUUUGCAUUAAUGAAAUAAAAAAUAAACAUGCAUAUAGCCACAUUCUAUUGUUGUUGCUUUGUAGCCAUAUGUAUCAGUUUAACUAGUGUGGUCACUUUGUUAACUUUAGCUUAGCGAUAUAAAUUCAAAACCAUUUUGCAAACAUUUAGAUAUUUUUCUCCACCAUGGUUCAUGACCAUUAAUUUUUAUCACAGCUGUUAAAAUUCAUUUGUUUAUAUUUGUCGUCUGCAAAAUAAUACAAUACUUAUUUUUUAGAUAUUAUAAAAUCGUUUUAGUCUUUGUACUACAGUAACAUUUAAUCGUUUUUCAAAUCCUAUGGACUUAAUUAAAAAAUAUCAUUAUAUGUUUGUAAUCACGACAACAAUACUAUACUUGCAUAUGUUUUGUUUGCAAAUCAUUUUGAUUGAAGAAUAGAUAUAUACAUUUUGUCUACUUUUUUACAAGCAUUAUUUGUUUUAUGAAAAAUUAAUGAAAUUGUGUAAUACUAAUUUGAUGUUUAUGUCCAAAUAGAAAUGCUUUGCUUUAAAAAAAUAACAUGCAUAAAAUAUA